GGGACAGGUAGUGCGCGGCGAUGGCGGAGAAGUUCGACCACCUGGAGGAGCACCUGGAGAAGUUCGUGGAGAACAUCCGGCAGCUGGGCAUCAUCGUCAGCGACUUCCAGCCCAGCAGCCAGGCUGGCCUCAAUCAGAAGCUGAAUUUUAUCGUGACCGGCUUACAGGAUAUCGAUAAGUGCAGACAGCAGCUUCACGAUAUUAUGGUCCCUCUAGAAGUUUUCGAGUACAUCGAUCAAGGUCGAAACCCCCAGCUCUACACCAAAGAGUGCCUGGAGCGGGCUCUGGCGAAAAACGAGCAGGUGAAGGGCAAGAUUGACACGAUGAAGAAAUUUAAAAGUCUGUUGAUUCAAGAACUUUCUAAAGUAUUCCCAGAAGACAUGGCCAAGUAUCGGAGCAUCCGAGGAGAGGACCAUCCCCCUUCCUAA